GACAACCAAUUUGCAUUCUUAAUUCGUUGUUUUUUUUUAUUGGAUGUUGUACAUACAUACAUACAUAUGUGCUUAAUAUCAUCAUUAGUGAAACACUGGAGUGCAGACCAAAGUCAAAUUUAGUAAAGCACAAACUAGAGUGUUUUUCCAUAUCGGCAGGUGAUUCAAGUACCACCAUAUAGCUGUUGUUGCUGCACUAAAACAGUUACUCACUAAGGCAAUAAUUCACAAAGUUUUUGGAGGCCGGGGGCGGAGAAAGAAAUCCAACAGCGGAGGGCAAUUCAGGCAAUUCUGGCUCGUGUGGAAGGACUGUUAAAAGUGUAGUUUUUAAUUGAACAGCUGUUAAAUAAAGCAUUUCAGCCAAAAGGAAUACCAGCUACCUGCCAUCUCACUCGUCGUGUAUCCUUUUGGUUAUAAUGAGUAUUAUUUGUCUACACAAUUGGAUACUGCCGUCAGUUCAAUGUCAAGAUGGAUCAUCGUUUCUAAAACGUGCCAGCGCCGAUAAACUCCGGGAAGUCUUCCUUAGAUACGCUUCAUUACAAAAGGAUGGCGACUACUACAUGACCAGUGAGGAUUUCGUGCGCAAAUUUCUCGGACUCUUUACAGAUGCGACAUUCAAUGAUGAAUCCGUACGUUUGUUGGCCAGCAUCGCAGACACCAGCAAAGAUGGGUUGAUUUCAUUUGUCGAGUUCCAGGCUUUUGAGGGACUGCUGUGUACACCCGAUGCUCUCUACAAAACUGCCUUUCAACUGUUCGAUCGCCAGGGCAAUGGCACAGUUUCUUACGCCGAUUUCGUCGAUAUCGUACAAAAAACCGAACUGCAUUCUAAGAUACCUUUUAAUUUAGAUAGUUCCUUUAUAAAGCGGUAUUUCGGCGAGAAAAAGAACCGCCCCAUCAAUUAUGCGGAAUUCACACAGCUGCUCCAUGAUUUCCAUGAGGAAUAUGCAAUGGAAGCAUUCCGUAGUAAGGAUCCAGCUGGUUCUGGAUACAUCUCACCCUUAGAUUUUCAGGAUAUUAUUGUUAAAGUGAAGAGGCAUUUACUCACACCCGUUGUCAAGGAUAACUUAGUAGCGGUCACUGAAGGUCACAAAGUGAGCUUCCCUUAUUUCAUCGCAUUUACUUCGCUGCUCAACAAUAUGGAAUUGAUUAAACGCAUCUAUUUGCACGCUGCCCAAGGUAAUCGCCACGAGCCAGUGACAAAGGACGAACUACUUUACGCCGCACAAACAAUGAGCCAAAUUACACCAUUAGAAAUUGAUAUUCUCUUUCAAUUAACCGGCGCACUUCACCAAACUGGACGCAUCGUCUACAAUGACCUGAACAAUAUUUCGCCUGAGCACUACACGAAGCAUAUCACCACACGUUUGGCAGAGAUCAAGGCCGUCGAGAGUCCGGCCGAUCGUUCAGCGCUCAUACAGAUAUUGGAGAGUACCUACCGUUUCGCGCUCGGUUCUCUGGCAGGCGCCGUGGGCGCCACUGUGGUAUAUCCCAUUGACUUGGUGAAGACACGCAUGCAGAACCAACGCACAGGUUCAUUCAUAGGAGAAAUCGCUUACAGAAACUCAUGGGACUGCUUUAAGAAGGUCAUCCGCCACGAGGGUGUACUUGGUUUGUACCGCGGCUUGCUACCGCAGCUGAUGGGCGUUGCGCCCGAGAAAGCCAUCAAGCUCACUGUGAACGAUUUUGUACGCGACAAAUUUACCGACAAACAGGGUGUGAUAGCAGGGUGGUCCGAAAUUAUGGCCGGUGGUUGUGCCGGCGCGUCACAAGUGGUCUUCACCAAUCCUUUGGAAAUUGUUAAGAUUCGUCUACAGGUUGCCGGUGAAAUCGCGGGAGGAGCUAAAGUACGUGCCUUAUCUGUUGUGCGUGACCUGGGUCUAUUUGGCUUGUACAAAGGUGCACGCGCGUGUCUGCUGCGUGACGUACCGUUUUCUGCUAUCUACUUCCCCGCAUAUGCGCACACAAAAUCUCUGUUUGCCGAUGAAGAUGGUUAUAAUCAUCCGCUGACCUUACUAGCGGCUGGUGCAAUCGCUGGGGUGCCGGCUGCCUCACUCGUAACACCCGCUGAUGUGAUCAAGACCAGGCUGCAGGUUGUGGCGCGCUCAGGUCAGACAACCUAUACGGGCGUGUGGGAUGCCACAAAGAAAAUCAUGGCCGAAGAGGGACCACGCGCCUUCUGGAAGGGUACUGCCGCUCGUGUCUUCCGCUCUUCACCACAAUUCGGUGUCACCUUGGUCACUUACGAAUUGCUGCAGCGCCUCUUCUAUGUUGACUUCGGUGGCUCGCAUCCAUCUGGUUCGGUGGUGAACAAACCAAAUGUCAUUGAUGAUACUGCACAAAAAUUCAAUCCCGAUCAUAUUGGAGGCUACCGCGCCGCUGUGCCUCUCCUCAACGGCAUUGAAUCCAAGUUCGGCCUCUACCUGCCCCGUUUCGGACGCGGAACGACGAGCACAAGCACCACAACUGGAUCGUGAUGAUUCGAUGUGGUUGGCAAUGGCGCCGAUUGUCGACAAAUACAUACACACAUAGUUGCUCUUAAAUAAGUCUACUGUUAAAUAAUUUUUAAUAAAUGUCUAUAAAAGAAUGUUAUUAGAAAUGGUAAAAAAAUUUAACGCAUACAUAAAUAAAAUAAUUAUACAUAGUAAACAAAUUGAGCAAUUGUGCAAAUAAUAAAGAAGACACAUACACAAAUACAUAUAAAACCAUAUAUUUUUUGCUAGAUAAAUAUUUAUUAUAUUUCAACGAUUUUCAAAGGCAAAAAAUUAGACUUACAUACAUACAUAUAAAACGAAGUGAACACAUUUUGUAUACAAAGAGCAUAUGUACGUAUAUAGCAUAACACUAAAGGAUCAAAUAAACGACCGGAAGUUAAAUAUACAUAUGUAUAGGUAGCAAUUUUGCCAACUUUUCAGAAAAUCAUACACGCAUACACAAACAGGACAAUGUCAAAAUCAAAUUUGAAAUAAACCAAAAAUAAUAAUAAUUUAUUAAUCGUGUAGAGAAGAGCUAUUUAAACUGUCCGUAUAAUUGUUUCCGUACAAUUCAUGAGUGACCUCUCGCUUUGUGCGAAUCUACAAGAAUGUAAGAAAAAUUUAAAUACACAAAAUUUUGUGAAUUACUAAGUAAUUAAAAAUAUUAAAUAAUAAUAAGUCACUGAUUAGUAAAUUAUAUAGAGUUUGCACCCUUUUAAAAUGCUCUUUAAAAUCGCAAAUACUAAAGAUACAACAACAAAGAAAACAAAAAAAAUAAUAAUAGAAUAAUGAUGACUAGUAAAUUUGUUAAAUUGAGUUUGGGGAAU